AUGAUUUUAUUAAUCACAAUCACAUGUGUUAUCCUCAAAGUUUCUGGGGAACCUUCUGAAUCUGUAGUUAAUUUACCCGUGGGACCAGUAAAAGGUUUAAAGGUAGCUUCCAGGGAAGUAGAAGGUACAUCCUACUACCAAUACCGAGGAAUACCAUAUGGUGCAGCAGGACGAUUCGAAGAACCUGAAUCGUUCCCACCUUUUAAGAAAAAUCCAUGGGUCAUUCAGAAACAACCAGACAAAGCCUUCAACGAUCUCGUUUUAAAAACACGAUGCGCUCCUACAGCGGUACUACCCAAGAAAUAUCAAGUUAAUUGUUUGAAAAAUUUGGCUACUGAAGAAUUAAUCAUUGGUGACAUCCUGAAUCUGGCGUUAACAGAUUUGUUAGGGUAUGAUAGUGGAUUUAGUGCUGCUAUUGUUGUGGAAGACCCAGCAGAUCCAAAUCCGAUUUUAAUAAGGAACCCAUUACAACAAUUAAAUGAUGGCAACAUUAGAACUGGUAUGCCUCUGACACUUAGUGUUACCAGUGAGGAAAUGCUACCAUUCUUCUUUGUUGCGGAAACAUGCAGAUUUAAAUCGAAUGCAGAGCUUGUUCCAUUCGAUAUGCAUCCUGAAAAUCCAUCUGAAGUAGGACGUAAAAUUAAAACCCACUAUGCAGGAAACGAGCUGGGGUGGACAACUGCUUCUACAUCAACUCUCAUAGAGUAUUUAAGUGACGUCACUAUGAAUUUCCCACUACGUCAUUUCGUGGACAAGGUGGUGGAUGUAAUUAAUGCUCCAAUUUACAUCUUACAAUUUUCGUACAUCAGUCCAAUAGGUAAAUAUAACAAUGGUGUGGACAAGGUGGGUCAUGGUGAUGAUUUGUUUUACACUUGGAAAUUCAAUUCUGGAACCUUUAAAAUUAUUGGUAACGUUCAAUACACCGAAGAUGCUUUAGAGAAAAUGAGUCAAUUUAACAUAAUGAUUACCAACUUUGCGAAGACACAAAACCCCAUACCUUCUGAUGACCCAAAAUUAAACUUUCUUUGGACACCUGUAACUCCGGACAGUUCUGUGUUUUAUUUAGAUUUUAAUAAGGAAGUGACUCUAAAACUAAAAAUCAAAAAUGAAAAUUAUCAGUUUUGGUCAGAGUUGUAUUCUACGUAUGGAAGAGGUGUAGUAUCGUUGUAGACAGUGACGUCAAACGUUCAUUGUCCAUGUAAAGACAUCAACGUCACAUUUUCUCGUAAUAAAUAUUGAUGGCCGUGUGA